AUGUCCGUGCGGUUCUUUGGCGCCACCUUAGUGCUCUUUAUGACGGCACUAUCACUCGACAAGACACAAGCGACGAACUCGUACCCGAUCGUGCUCGUCAGCGGAUUCUCUGGUUGGGGUCGAGACGAACUAUCGGGUUUCCGAUACUGGGGUGGCAGUCAAGGAGAUUUCCAGAAUGAGCUCAGGGCUCGAGGGUACACGGUCUAUACAGCUGCAGUCGGUCCCUUAUCGAGUAACUGGGAUCGCACUUGCGAGCUGUACGCUCUUAUCAAAGGUGGACAGGUUGACUAUGGCCAGAAUCACUCGGCGACUCACAACCAUCUUCGCUUUGGACGCAAUUAUACGGGACUUUACACAAAGUGGGGCACGGUCAGCUCGGACGGUUCGGUCAACAAGGUCCAUCUUGUAGGACAUAGUAUGGGUGGCCAGACUGCUCGAAUGCUGACUCAGAUGCUCGAGCAUGGCACGAGUGGUGCACCCAUCGAGGAAAACCCAUCGUCACACCCUUUGUUUAGUGGUGGGAAGAGCUGGGUGCACUCGAUCACAACAAUCUCGACGCCGAACCAGGGCACGACCCUGGCUGAUGGCAUCGCUGAGAUUGCUGAAUCUGUCACAGACCUGAUUGCGUUUGCGUAUAGUGUUUUCGGCAGUCUUGGAUCCAGUGCCGAACUGUUCUACGAUGUCAAAUUGGAUCACUGGAACAUCUCCUGUAAACAACCAGGCGAGACGCUGCGAAUGUACUUCCACCGCAUCUUUUCGAGCAGGAUCUUUGAUCCAGGCUUUCGAGACGUUUGUCUCUGGAGUUUGUCCACUAGCGGUGCAAAAGAGGAAGCGACAUGGGUGAAGACACUGAGUGACGUGUACUACUAUAGCUACACCAAUGUAGCCACGUUUGACACGCGAGACUGGUUCUUCCGCAAGAUCUCGCUGCCCCAUCUAAUGAGUGUGUUGCUGAUUCUCAAACCCUUUGCAGUCUUUCUAGGGGGGCGGUAUGCACCCGACAAACUGAAGCUACCAACCGAGUGGCAACCGAACGACGGCCUCGUGAACUCGAUCUCGAUGGCUUCCGACGGUGUUGGGAGUGUUGUCGCGUUUACGGGUUCAUCUCAAUUGGGCAAGUGGAACGUGUUGCCGCAAAUAGAUCGACUUGACCAUCUUGGCAUUCUUGGCAACACGAUCCACACCCAGGUGCUGGAUCUCUACGAGGGCCACGCUGCACUGUUGGCAUCUUUGCCUGCCACUUCCAGUUCCCGUCGACUACAAGAUGACUCAACUGAAGCCGUUGCGAAACUCGACAAAGCUAUUCAAGAGUUAUCUGCAGCAACGGCAAGUGUGGAGACCAAGGGUGACCUGGAAGCUUUGUGCAAGAGUCCCAAGAACGCAAACACCCGAAGCUACUGCGAAACUCUGCUUGAGUCCGUAAUCACGCGUCACCUACGAGGAUACAAGGCAACUGAUUCUGAAUGA